CCGAGCCGCCCGGGUGGACGCCGCCGAGGCCCGCGAGUCGCGCGCGCAGGUGCAGCCCAUCAAGGACCUGCUGCUUUGGGAGGGAAGAAUGGUGCGGAUCUUGGCCAAUGGGGAAAUCGUUCAGGAUGAUGAUCCCCGAGUGAGAACCACUACCGCACAGAGAGCUAGCGCUCCUCGGCAGGGCUUUCUCAACAGGGGUCAUGGUGCCCCCCAAGGGGGCCCUGGGCCCCGUCAGCAGCAGGCGGGUGCCAGGCUGGGUGCUGCCCAGUCCCCCUUCAAUGACCUCAACCGACAGCUGGUGAACAUGGGCUUCCCUCAGUGGCAUCUCGGCAACCAUGCUGUGGAGCCGGUGACUUCCAUCCUGUUGCUCUUCCUGCUCAUGAUGCUUGGGGUUCGAGGUCUCCUGCUGGUGGGCCUCGUCUACCUGGUGUCCCACCUGAGCCAGCGGUGACCUCCGGGGCUGAUGGGGUGGGCUUGUUGAGAGGGACUUGCUGG